ACAGAAAUCAAUAUAAAGCAGCAACAAAUUAUGCAUGAAACAAUAAGACCUCCCUUUAGUGUAAAAAUUGCAUCUAAUUAAGAAAUUAUCCGAGGAUUCUCUGAAGUAAAAUGCUGCCUUUAGUACUCUUCACAUUCUCUGCUAUUUUCUUCACUAAUUCAGUUAUCGCGCAAUGGAAUCCUUGUAAUGGCAGACCGGAAGGCGCUUUGGCAGAGAUAGCAUGCUGGGGCUACAAGCGAUGUGAGAACGGUAUUGCCAGGGUGUAUAACUGUCCCAAAGAUACGGUCCUGGAAAGAGACUCCUUGAAAUGUGUCAAAAUUGGUACAGGUAACACAGCUUGCGGCAAAGUAAAGGACUGUACCGGCCUGGCUGAUGGCAACUAUCCAGACCUUGAUGUAGGAUGUAUCUCGUUCUACGCCUGCUCUGGCGGGACCUUUAUGGGCAGACAUUAUUGUGACGCAAAUCUGGUGUACGAUCGUCGCCUUGUGGCCUGCAACUACAAACAGAACGUUCCAGCGCCAUGUGGCACCUCCAUUAGAGGCUAGGAUGUCUAAGCCUACUGAACAAAUUUAUAUUUAAGCUUUGUUUGAUUUGCUAUUGAACAAGAAUUCAGAUUGUAAUGAUGAAUGUACAUGUUUCUACUACAUUUAUAAAAAAAAACAACCUUGAUCUCAAGUUCCUUUGGUUAUGCAUGUGUCUAACAAUAGAAUAAUGGGAGAUAAAUGUAUCAAAAUGGCGGAGAAUACUUUUAGUUAACUCUUUCAUUCAGUAAUUAUUUUCCACGUUCCGAUGGAAUUAUUCAUUUUGUUCAUUUGUGUUUCACUACCUUGUUAUGAUUAAACUUCAAAUUUUUUUUUAAUGUUAUCAAGAAAUGUUAUAUUAGGUAUAGAAUUAUAGAAGAAUGCAUACCCUUUUUACAUAACAAAUUAAAGUUUAUAAAACCACAUUAAACGUAGCGGGGUAGAUCCCAUCAAUAGAUUACCAAUUAGAAGAGAAAGAGUUAUAUACUUUAUAAUUUUGUUGUUCUAUAUUUAGUUAAAAAAAUGUUUUUAUAAGCGACAACAUACUUCCAAAACACAUUGAAACAAUUUACUUGUAAUUAUUUGUCAUUAUUAUAGAUGUUUUUAUCAUAAUGCUUUGAUCAAUGUAUCUAUUUUUGUGGGUAUCUAAUUUAGACAAACCAAAAACAAACCAAAAAAAAAAGGUAGUUUUUUAUUGACAGGUGUAAAUAACCGCUGAUGUAAUGAGAGUGGCCACAAGUUGAUGAUAGAUCAAUAUAAAUCCAACAUUAGUAUGGAGCAGAAUGCUGACAGAGUAAUUCAAUUUGAUAAUAAUGUAAUUUCAUUGAUUGUAGCAAUGCUUUAAAAUCCAAUUAAAUAUAAAUAUAUUUUUAAAAA